AGCGUUAAAUGUGUGUACAAUUUUCUCGCCAAUCGAUUUUUCCCUGCUGACUGGCUCUGUUAUUUUUUUCCUUUUCAGAAUAGAAUCCUUUGUCGAUCGGACACGCAUUUUGUUUUAAUAAAGAAAACAGUUGUUAGAAGUGUUACAAACCCUGUCAUCCGACCGUACAGUUGCAGCAUUCGGUUAACGUGACGAGUGUUUCGUAAUACUGUUUGGUGAAAAUUAGAAGAGUAAUAUCACGUUCCCGAAUCACGUAACGCGUUAAUACUUGAUUAGAUAUUGGGUAGUGUGGUUCCACUAGUGGGGAAUCAAUUGAGUUACUUUCGGUCAGAUCGGUGUUCUUCCGUUUAGAUUGACCGUUCGGAAUUGUGCGGUGGAGUGAAGAUGAAUUCCUAGAAGCGUACACUGUUUCAACUAUUUGUGAUACGGACGGUUUCAAAUUACAAGAUUUACAAUAUUCAUAGUGACUGCUGGUAGGAACGGACUAAUUGCUAAAGCGUAGUAAGAUGUCGUCACGAUACGAGCUGGAUGUGCCACUACCGUGCACCACUUUGGACACGUUGGCUUGUCCCACCAGGCGUCCGAUAUCGGAUGACGAUAUUCUCAAUCCGGUAGAUUUCACGCUUCGUAAGCGACGAGUUUGGACACCGGAGGAGGAGGAUUCGCUUGCUUCCGAGGACAUCGAUCUGCUGGACGACGAUGACGAACUGGAGGAAGAGGAGGAUGACGGCGUGGGCUGUCCGCUUCCGUCCACACCAGAAGACACCCAGCUGUUGGAGGCGGAAAUGACGGAAGUCCUGAAGGCGGGCGUUCUCUCCGACGAAAUUGACCUGGGAGCACUGGCUCACAAUGCGGCCGAGCAAGCCGAAGAAUUUGUGCGCAAAGUGUGGGAAGCUUCGUGGAAGGUGUGCCAUUUUAAACAUCUUCCGUCCUGGCUACAGGAUAAUGAUUUUCUGCACAAAGGCCACCGGCCACCAUUGCCAUCGUUCAGUGCUUGCUUCAAAUCGAUCUUCCGCAUUCACACCGAAACUGGUAAUAUCUGGACACAUCUGUUAGGCUGCGUAAUGUUUAUCGGCGUUGCGAUGUACUUCUUGACACGUCCCUCGUUCGAGAUGCAACUGCAAGAGAAGUUGAUUUUUAUGGCAUUCUUCGUCGGCGCGAUUGUGUGUCUAGGAUUUUCGUUUGCCUUCCAUACGCUGUGCUGUCACUCGGAGAUGGUUGGCAAAUUGUUUUCCAAGUUGGACUACUGCGGUAUUGCUCUGCUAAUCAUGGGAUCAUUCGUACCUUGGCUCUACUACGGUUUCUACUGUCAUUACAAGCACAAACUGAUCUACCUAACGGUGGUGAUUGUUCUCGGUAUGACUUCGAUUAUCACAUCGUUAUGGGACAAAUUCUCUCAGCCGAAUCUAAGACCGCUGCGGGCAGGUGUUUUUAUGAGCUUCGGAUUAUCCGGAAUAAUUCCUGCUAUUCACUACGUCCUGAUGGAAGGUUGGUUCAGUAAAAUAUCGCAAGCUAGUCUUGGAUGGCUGAUUUUGAUGGGAUUGUUAUAUAUUUUGGGUGCAAUGUUCUAUGCCCUGCGAGUACCCGAACGAUGGUUCCCGGGAAAAUGUGACAUUUGGUUCCAAUCGCAUCAAAUUUUCCACGUCCUGGUACUUGUGGCCGCCUUCGUGCACUACCACGGCAUCAGCGAGAUGGCCAUGUACCGAGUGACCGUAGGCGAGUGCGACAUUCCUCACCAGCAUCCGGCGAUUGGAUUUUGAGAUACCCGCCGUUCGGAAUAGUGAGGCUUUAGUCACGAACUGUUGAUUUUGUUCCCCAUACCCUUGCUCCAGCUCAUGUUUGUUUUCAUAGACGCAAAACUUAUUAAUAAUAUAUAUGAAUAUUUAGAUAAAAGAAGAGCAAUUUUCUCGUUUCAUAUAUUUUGUUUGUAAUUUCUUCUAUACUCUUUCCGUGGUUGACUGGAAAAGAGCACAUUCAUCGAGGUUCAAGAAAAUGUGGAGUUUCAAACAGUUGUUCUAAGCAUAUUCAAAUAUUUAUGUAAAAAAUGAAGGAUCACUGAGAAAACAGUAUUCUUUUGGCAAGAGAAUUAGUUGUUGUUUGUGAUCCUACGUCACUGCAUAUAAUACUUUGAAAAAAAAGCUAUUAAAAAUAUCCAGCCGAAAAUCAGUAUGAAAGUCUCCUGUAAGAACACAUUAGUAUUUGUCAUUAUAGUGGAAUCACUUUUCAACAUGAAACAAAUCACAUAUAGGAGUAAACAAAACUUACAAAAUUGUGUAUGGAUAUAAUUUACAUUAAGAUAAGAUAAAAUAAUCUACUGAAUAUUACAAGCAAAGGAAACACACAAAAAAUGAAAACAAAGGUAAAAAUAUAUAAUUUAAUAAGAAUAUCUGAUGGUUCGCCGGGCAGAACAAAAACGAUACAAAAAUAAACUACUUUGAAGUGUUUGAGCUAA